AGUGCGCUCCCUGCUGCGGCUUCUGUGGCCCCAGCCUGCAAGAUGAGCACCAGUCUCCCAUGCCAAGAUCAGCACUUUGCAGGGGGCCAGGACUAUAAUUGCCCCCAUUCCACCUCAACGUCAGCAUCCAGUGUUGACGUUUCCAGGGAAACUUGGGUCUCCUUUUGGGCUGCUGGUCUCCUGGACAACAGAGAGCAGCAACAAGAACCCGGGCCACAGGAACAAUGCAAUGAUUUUGAUUUCUUUGUCCAUGAGGAUUAUGCUGGGGCAGGGAAUCAACUAUCUUCACAACUCUACAGAAACAAGCAGCUCCAGGACACCCUGCUGCAGAAGGAGGAAGAACUUGCUAGGCUACAUGAAGAAAACAACAACCUCAGACAAUACCUGAACUCGGCCUUGGUGAAAUGUCUUGAGCAGAGAGCCAAGAAAUUGCUGAUGCAAAAUGGACCCACCCAAAUCUAUGGUUGUACAGAAAAUGGGAAGAGGAAACCGAAGGAGGGGAGGUACCCUGCCGUGGAUACCCCCCAUCCCAAGAAUGCCAAGAGAAGUCUCUUUAGUGAGUUUGCUGCCUGUGAGGGGCGACCAAGUCCCCCUGUGGACCCCUGGGUCCUGAAGACCCUCGGGUUAAAAGACCUUGACACCAUUGAUGACAGUGUGCCAGCUAACUACAGUGCCGUGCUCUCUCAGCCUGAAGGGAGCACGUUCCAACAGCUUCCUGGUGAAGAGGCCAUUGUGGGGCUGCCCAUUUCUGAUGAGAGUGCGCAGGUGGCACCCUUGCACAACACAGGCAGCCAGCAGCAGGAGGACUUGCUCUUUUUCUCCGGAGUGUCCGACCAACCAGGCGCUUUACCAAGCCUGUCUAACCUUUCCCCCAAUCCUUUUCCCCCUUACGCUUCACCUGGCUAUACCCCUGAUGUAUCACCCAACAAAACAGAUGUGGCCUUUUCCACGUCCCUGACACCUCACUGCCAUGUGAAAACCCAUUCCUUCCAGCAGGGACAAGCCUUUGUACGUCGAGAUGAAGGAGGCUGGAAGUUUACCUGGGUUCCUAAACAGUCUUAGGAAACCCAUACCCCCAUCUCAACUAGUGAACACUGCCAUGAACCUGCUGUGUGUUUACAAAGAGCCUUCUCACACUGGAACCUCACCUUUUGGAACUGGAAGUAAUAUCUGAAGUUUUCCCUCCUCCCCUCCAACUUUUCUACUUUGUUCCUGCUCCCUGACAGUCUUUAACCUGUUGCUCUUUAUAACCCACACUGAAACAGAUCUGUUACUCUUCCAGUGGUCUUUGCUUUGUUUACACAGACUCUUAUGGUCUACUUCCUCCCUUAGACCUUGGACUUGAAAAGGUAUUUUCAUUCUAGUUUUCUAUAGGUUGAAAACAUAAAUACACUGCUCCCAUCAUAACCAGUCUGACUACUUCUCUCCUUUAGUUAAGCAGUUUGCACAUUUGUGGUUUUGACUUUUGUUCUCAGCCUUGUUUUCUCCCUAACCUGGCUGUCAGAAGGUGUUCAAAUAUGUGGAAUGUAUUUCAAGGUCAUUUGUCUACCAUCACCCUCGGCCUAGGCACAACACUGCUAGUAAAGAGCCCCGACUAUGGACAGGCAGUGUGCACAGAGGAUGUGCUCAGGGUUACUGCUGGCAGUGGGAGAGGCCUCUUUGUUGGAGCAACCUAGGCCAGUUUCUUUUCCAGCGGACACACCAUGGACAGCAGCCGCCUGACCACCUGACAGGAAAGGUGAUUUGAUUUGCAAGCUUCCGUUUGUCAGCUGCUUAGAGGACCCCAACAUUUUGCCUCUCAACAGCAAAGGGGAGGGUUUGCAUGGGUCACUGAGCAUCCCUUUUCCUGCACUGCCCAGUACAAUAUAAAGAUGAACUCUCCUGCUACACUCACAAGGAAAGCAUGAAACUGACACCCUCUGAGCAGCUCUGGUCUUUUGGUGUAACUUAGUUUCAGAGAUGCUGCACUGAAUUAAUGGAAAGUCUUUGGGUGCAGUGAAACCCAGACUUCUGAUGCCUUUUAAUCUGAUGGUAGAAAUUUGUCUUGUGAAAUAAUCUGAACAAUAAUGCUGAGUCUCUUCAUUCUGACAGCGGCCCACUUUCCAAGCUAGUCAAGCUCAUCAUUUUCCUCUGGGCUGGAGGCUGAAUGAUUUAACAUCCCAAAAUAUAGUCCGUUAGGACUGUACUAAGAGUUAUGCAUAGAUAGGCUUUACAUUAAAAAUCUGUGAGCCUGAUGCUUUCCCCCCUUUAUUCAAACAAAAAUAUCGUUCAUUUUCAAUAACUUCCAGCUUUCUCUCCUCCUCUUAAAUGUACUUUCUAGAAAAGACCAAACUUGUAGAAGACAAGGUAUCUAAAGUGUGGAGCCUAGAUCUGUAACAUUCAUUUAAUCAUUUAGCUUUCUGGUGAUGAGUGAUCUUUCUCACCUGAGAAAUAUUUAAGGCAAUAAAUGACUCCACAGAAAAGAUGUGAGCAGAGCCCCUGAGCUUUUACAAGCUUAAUAUGCCAAGAGUAAAUUUCAUUCACUUUUCAAACUCUACUUCUGUCAGACUGAGAGUUCUUAGAAAGUUCACGUUAUGAUGAUCCACAUCAGUCUUUGUGUCAACCCAAGGAAAUCCCUAGCAUCCUUGCAUUUUUAUAUAUAAUUUCUUUUAUAAGAAAAAAGGAGAGAUAUCUCCUUAGCAGAUGACUACAAACAAAUUUCUGGGGAGAAAGGGAGGAAACAAGGCUGAAACAGGGACAAAAGAGAUGGAAAUUCUAAAAUCUUAAAAAUAAGUCAAAUAUCAAAUGCAUAGUGAUAAAUGAGUAUUUGAUAUGUGUCCAGUGCAUUGAUGUUGAAACAGAAAAACUGAGUUACAUUUCACGCAAUGAAUAUAUUAUGAAACAUGAUUUAUAACUUUUGAAGUGAUUUAAAAUGAAAUCAGAAAGUUAGUUUUUCUUCUGACAAAAGGAGCUAUUGUCACUUUUUCCAGAAAAGCAGAUCAUAGUAGAGAGUUCUAAGCUGAUACCUAUAGGGUGGCAGCUGAGUGAAGCAGUGUCUCUCUUUUGUUUUCAAGGGUCAAUUAGUAGGGACAAUAUACUCUAAUUGUGUGUAGAAAAGGGAUUGAUGAAUUCCAUUUCUUUUACUGUAAACCUUAAAAAAAUUGCUAAAUGACAAGACAUUUGAACCCUAACAACUUUACCUGAGGCAGCAAUCAAGUGGAUGCCGCUUUAAAGGUGUAGCUUGUGAGCCCAUUACUCCCUUGCGUGGCUCCUAGCUAUAUUCUCCACAAGGGAGCCACUAAAAGGGGCAGGUGGACCUUUUUCCAGGUCCAUUAAGGAUUGCCUGUAUAUUAAGGAAGUGAAAAGACUGUCCAUUAAUUGUUCUCAUGCUUGUCACUGCUCUGUAGAGCCACAUCAACUUUGUGACGUUUAUGUCUAGUCAUGUUUUACUACAAAAGUAAAAUGGUUAUUUUAGAUGGUCUAUGAUGGCUAUUUUAUAUGGUUUGUUACAUUUUCUAAGCACAGAUUUUCUUCCAUUUAAUUUGAAUAUCAAAUAAAUUCAUUUAUAUAUUUUCUGCUGUGAUGUAUGGGCACUUACUUUUCUAGAUUAUUAUUUUAAGCAUGUUGAAUAUAAAAAUAUGUGUAUAUAUACAUAUAUAUAUAUAUAUACACAAAUAGAUACACACAUUAAUGUAUACAUCUAUCUUUCACUUUAUCAUGCAUUAUUAAUUUAUAUAGAUUCCAAAUGAUAAAUUCGCUAAAACCUUGAGAGUACCAUUUGGGUGGAAGGCUAUGUUCUGUAAUUUCCAUAAUGAAAGGUCUAACCUAAUCUCUUAAUUAUGAACUCAUUUCCUUGCCCUCUGUCCUGGUUGAAACAUGAAUUGUAUCCUCCCUCCCCAUUAUUUCCUAUGUUAGCAGUCAGUUGGAGGGAAAACCAAAUCAUUCAAAUAGCCUUCACUAAAUCCCACCAUCUCUCUUGCCCUUUGUUUCUCUCUAAAAUGAGGGUGAGGGGAAUAUACUAGAUUCUGAAACAUCUGGUCUGGUCAAACGCCUAUGAGAAUGAUGGUAAACUUCAACAGUUUAGAAUUAGUCCUGAGACUAAGGCUAGUGGGAUGAAUACUUUUAAAUAUGACAAGAAAUCUCCUGUACUUAACCCAAUGCUGAGGAUUUUUGAAUUUAAAGAAGUUAAAAGAAAAGGUUUCAAUCAACCAAAUUAUGAAAGGAGGAAGAUAAUUGACAUAUCUUAGAGACAAAUAUGGUUUUAAGUCAAAUGCUUAGCUUUCUUAGGAUUUACAUCUGAAAGGACUUUAGGCAUCAUGGUCUCCAAUCCCCUUAUUGUACCUCUGAAGGAAACUGAUUCAGAGAAGAGAAGUGCAUUGCUCCAAGUCACCCAGAUAAUAAGUGAUAAGGCUGAGAGUCAAACUCAGGCCUUCAUACUUCAAAAUCCAUUACUCUUUCCAUGAACCAGGGUUCUGAGCAGGACCUUCAUAGCUCUGAUGUUUAAUGAUCAUUUUCAUGUAAUUUUGAGACAAGUCUACAUUUGCUCCUCUCUAACAAGAGAAUCAGAGAUGAUGAGUCAAUUUUUUCAUGCCUAAUUCUAAUCAAAGGUAACUGAUCCUAUAAUAACAGCUGCUAUAAAUUGUGUAAAUAUCCAUUUUAACAUAUUUGAUUCAUUUUGAGACCUAUGGAACUUUGUUUCUCAUUUUGUGGCCACAGACAUGCAAAUAUAAGUUCUUAUAUUUGGUGUUCUAAAAAUGUGAAAUACAAGCUUAAUUUAACAUUCUUUUGUAUGGUUUUGAUUUGUGUGUGAUAUUAAAAAUCUCUAUA